CGGCCACGUCGAGGCGGGCUCAGGCGGGGAGCGAACACUCUGGCGGCGGGGGCGGCCCCGCGGCGCGUCAGCCCCGGCCCGGAGGCCGCCAGCCCCGCCGCACGCACGCGCGCUGCGCCCAGCAUGAGGGUCGCGGCGCUGAUCAGUGGUGGGAAGGACAGCUGUUAUAAUAUGAUGCAGUGCAUUGCUGCUGGGCAUCAGAUUGUUGCUUUAGCAAAUCUAAGACCAACUGAAAACCACACAGGGUCAGAUGAACUGGAUAGCUACAUGUAUCAGACAGUGGGUCAUCAUGCCAUCGACUUGUAUGCAGAAGCAAUGGGGCUUCCCCUCUAUCGCCGCACCAUAAGGGGAAGGAGUGUGGAUACAGGACAAGUCUACACCGAAUGUGAAGGUGAUGAGGUUGAGGACCUUUAUGAACUUCUAAAACUUAUUAAGGAGAAAGAAGACAUCGAGGGAGUGUCAGUUGGGGCUAUACUUUCUGAUUAUCAGCGUGUACGAGUAGAAAAUGUGUGUAAACGGCUUAAUCUACAGCCAUUAGCUUACCUUUGGCAGAGAAAUCAAGAAGAUUUGCUUCGAGAAAUGAUAUCAUCUAACAUUCAAGCAAUCAUUAUCAAAGUAGCAGCUUUGGGUUUAGAUCCUGAUAAGCAUCUUGGAAAAACCCUGGAUCAAAUGGAGCCUUAUCUCUUAGAGCUUUCUAAGAAGUAUGGAGUUCAUGUUUGUGGGGAAGGUGGAGAGUAUGAAACAUUCACUUUGGAUUGCCCUCUAUUUAAGAAGAAAAUAAUUGUGGAUUCAUCUGAAGUUGUUAUGCAUUCGGCUGAUGCAUUUGCACCUGUGGCAUACCUGCGCCUUUUAGAUUUGCAUUUGGAAGACAAGGUGUCCUCAGUGCCUGACAACUGCACAACAUCUAAUUAUAUACAUAAUUCUUGAAAAGCUACUUUAAAUAUUUUUACUAUGCUAUCAUUUAUGUAUAAGAAGAGUUACAUAAUGUUUUCUGAAUUAUUACGGCCAGUUUUUUUGUCUAAACUUUUCACUCAUAUAUAUAUAUAUAUAUAUAUGUAUAAACUUAUAAUAUCAGUACAGCAUUUACCUUGCAUGUGACCAACCCAGGUUCCAUACCUGGCACUAUGCUUUGCUCAUUAGUAUUACAAGAACUGUAUUCUUUCUCUGACUUCUGUUAACAUACCGUGUCUGUGGCAACUCUGUGCUAUGUGCCUUUUGCUUCCCUUUUUGCUUUGUCUCUAACUCUUAUUUCUAUAUGGUUUCUUUGCUUUCAUCACACUCAUUUGUUUUCUUCCUUCUCUCCUUUCUGUUAUCAUCUCUGCCAGUAAUAUUUGCAAAGAUACUGAAACUAGGGAUGAAAUGGUAAUCACUUAAUUUUACCAAUUUAAUGUAUAAAACUGAGUAUCAUCAGGUUAUUUUCAUUUUGAGUAAACUGUUUCAACAUUAUUGAAUGGUCAGGAAAGCUGUAGUUAACUCUUAGUGAUUAUUUUAUAACUGAUUAAAAUUCCAUCUUUAGAAUUACUUGUAUUGACUUUAGAUGGUCUUAUUUUAAAUAGACUUUAUUUUUAAUGUAGAUUGGGCUUCACAACAGAUUUGAACAGAGUUCUCAUAAAUCCUAUCCCACAUAUAUACAAACUCCCUCACUAUCAAUAUCUAGCACCAGAGUUAUACAUUUGUUACAAUCACUGAAUUUACAUGGACAUAUCAUUAGCUUUAAGAGUGCAUAGUAUACAUUACUGUUACUUCUUAUUUUCCUUCUUCUGGAUUGCUGGAGAUGGGGGAGUGACAGGUGGGAAGAGGGGUUGGAACAUGCCUGGUGAUGAUCAGGGACUAUAUUGCAGUGCCAGGGAUCAAAUCAGGUUCAGCUGCAUGCAAGGCAAUCACCUUAACCCCUGUAUUAUCUCUCUAGCCCACUGCUAUUCAUUAUUGACGGGCUUUUUAAUUUGUUGGGGUUUUUUUGUUUGUUUUAUUUUGUUUGGGAACCACACCUGGCAAUGCUCAGGACUUCCUCCUGCCUUUGCAUUCAGGACCUACUCCUGGCAUUGCCCAGGGGACUAUACAGGAUGUUGGGGAUUGAAUCUGGUCAGCUAUGUGCAAGGCAAGCAUUCUAACUGCUGUACUGUCACUCUAGUCCCCUCAUUUUUGAUAUUGUAUAUUGUUUUGGGUAUCCACUAUUAUAAUAUCAUAAAAAUCUUAUGUGCUACCUCUGUUCACCUUUUCUUUCCUUCUAAUUCCUGAAAACCACUAAUCUUUAUGUCUUCAUAAUUCUGGCUUUUUCAGCAUGCUGUUUAUUUGAAAUCAUAUGAUAUACAGACUUUUUAACUGGGUCUGGUUCUUUGAUGUCUCUUCAUGAAUUUUUAAGUGAUGAAUUAAUUGUCCCAUUGUUCAGCUGUCCCACAAUUCAUUUAUCUAUUCACCUACCAAGAUAUAUCCUGUUGCUUUAAAGUUUUGGAAAUUAUGAAUAAAGC